CCCACAUAAUUAUUCUAGGAAUAUAUGCGAUUUUGCUUGAUGUGCGACGUUAUCCGUAGUGCCUUUAGAAUGUCACCCACCACCAUGUCUAUUGUAUUUUCAAAAGCUUCGCCGCUAAAGUCCGAAAUUCGUCUAGCGCAAGCCGUGUCGCAGUUUGUUGCUGACCUCCCGAGUGACCAGAAAGCUACCUACAGAUCUCAAUCGCACGCUUCCCCUCCAGAUCCCCGCGAUGUUGACCAACUCAUAGCUGAAAUUGGAGACGCUACUAGAAAGAUUGGUUGCAGACGUUGUUUUGCGCCUCGGCUGAUCAGUUUUCUGCACGGCGUUCAGCAAUUCGCUGCGCUUGGUGAUGUUAUAAUAGGCGGGUCACAGAAUCUAAUCGCUUGCGGUGUCUGGUCGUUGGUGCGAAUGUCAUUGCUUUCAAUUGCAAACUUCACUUCCUAUCUGGAAAAGUUAUCAGAACUCCUUAUGACCGCUGGUCGCUCGGCCCCUCGUUACCAGAUGAUGGCAUUGCUAUAUCCGCGCUCUAAGAAAAUGCAGUCCUACCUGCACGAAUAUUUCAUUGUGGUGGUUCAUCUUUGCCAUCAAUCGUUAAAGUUUACACAGAAGUCCGCCUUAGCGCAAUUUGCAUCUACUCUAAGUGAUUCAGACAUGAAAACAUACCAAUCUGAUCUCGACCGCUGGGCGAAUGAGAUUAAAGAGGAGGCGACCCUGCUAACGACAAAAAUGAUUAAGGAGGAAGCCCAAGAUAACUCUAAAUUCAGAGCUUUUUCUAGCAAGUUUUCUGAAUCUGUAUCGCUUCGGCAAAAGCUAAAGACAAACGUACGGGUCCUCGAUUCCUGCUCUAUAUAUGAUUAUGAGACGACAUGGAAGCAGACGCGAAAGAUCGGAAACACAACUCUACUCAACCAAAUUGUCGCAUAUAAGGACUGGAAAGGUCAAAAAUCUUCCUGUACACUAAUAUGUACGGGCGGGCUAGGAUCCGGAAAAUCCGUUCUGCUAGCUAACCUAAUUGAUGAUCUAAAUCUUAACUGUCGAAGUAAGAAUGUUACGGUUGCUUACUUCUUUUGCCGGCACGACAUUCUAGAAAGUUUGAAAGCGCGGACAGUCAUUGGUUCUCUAGCCCGACAAUUGUUGCGCCUAAUAGCAGAUCUCGCGAUAGUAGCGAGAUUCAUUGAUAAGACCACUACUGAUCUUGCUCUGGAUUUCGAAGAGAUUUUCAGCUUACUCCAACACUCUCUUCCACCUACGUCAAGAGCGUACUUCGUCCUUGACGGGCUGGAUGAAUGUGACCCAGCUGAAAGAGACAUAUUAAUCAAACAGCUCUGGAAGUUUCAGAAGACAUUUUCACUACUUGUAUGUGUAUCAGUCCGACUCGAUCCUAGCAACGUUUUGAAAUUGAGCCUAGAGCAGUUCAUUAACGCCCAGGUUACAUCAAUUCCAGAUGAUAACCCUGAUAUUGACGCAUUCAUCUUAGCAGAAUUAGAGAGUCGCAUAGAGUCUAAAAGGCUAGUGAUAGGAAAUCCUAUGCUUAUACUAGAAAUCCAAGACGCCCUCAUUAAAGGAUCCCAGGGAAUGUUUCUCUGGGUAGCUCUACAAAUCGAGUCCUUAUGCAACAUGAAAACAGAUGAUGCUAUUCGCCAGGCUCUAGCGGAUCUUCCCAAGGAUCUCUCAGAAACAUUUUUUCGUAUUCUACGGAAAUCAGAACAAUAUGGAAAGCCGUAUCAGAGACGGAUAUUAGAGCUUAUAACUAUAGCUUGCCGUCCCUUAACAGCAGAAGCACUUCGAGAUGCCUUAAGCGUUGUCCCUGGCGACGCUGUUUGGAACCCCUCAAGGCGUCUUAAUGACAUACAUUCAACAUUAACUUGCUGCGGAAGCCUCCUUACUAUCGAUGAAGAGGAGAAGACCAUACGACUCGUGCACCAUAGCGUUAAGCAAUUUCUCUUUAGCGGGUUUAAAGACUCAGCUAACAUAGGAAUCACAAUUGAUAGCGCAAACAGAACAAUAGCAAACAUUAUUGUCACCUACCUCAAUUAUGGCGUUUUUGGAACCCAGCUAUCUACUAGGGUAGUCCAGCAAAUAAUGACCGCAUCAGCGCCAUCCCAAAUCGUUCGUUCAACACUAGACGUACCAAGCAGUGUUCAAAGUCUUGCAUUAAAGCUUUUGAAGUCUAGGAAGCAACCUAACUUCAACAUUGAAAAGACUCUUGCGGAAACAAGCAAGCUUGUCAGUCCUCAAUUAGCGGAUGAGUUCCACUUUCAUUCAUAUGCAAAGGCAUAUUGGCUGCAGCACCUCUUUUGCAUUUCGGAGCAAGAGUCACUUAUGUACGACCUACUGCGUAGGCUCUUCAAAGGCAAUGUAGUAAACACGAAUGAAAUAGAUGAAGAGGGCCGGACGCCGCUGUUACUAGCCGCGCGGGACGGGCACAAGGCCAUCGUCAAGUCGCUACUUAACUCCGACAUAGUCAACAUCGACUCAAAAGACAGCCAUGGCCGGACGCCACUCUCGUCAGCCGCAGGGAAUGGGCAUGAGGGAGUGGUGAAGCUGCUGCUUGACAAGGGCGCUAACCUAGAGACUGAAGACAGCAGUGGCCAGACGCCACUCUCGUGGGCCGCAGGGAAUGGGCAUGAGGGAGUGGUGAAGCUGCUGCUUGACAAGGGCGCUAAGCUAGAGACUGAAGACAGCAGUGGCCGGACGCCACUCUCGUGGGCCGCAGGGAAUGGGCAUGAGGGAGUGGUGAAGCUACUGCUUGACAAGGGCGCUAAGCUAGAGACUGAAGACAGCAGUGGCCGGACGCCACUCUCGUGGGCCGCAGGGAAUGGGCAUGAGGGAGUGAGCCCACUAUUUCUGGAGACCUUGGAUGAUCGCCAAUCCGGCCAAUCUCCCGAGUCUCCCUGCUCUGGAGACCGCGGGGCGUGGGAGGCGCUCGGCUCCCUCGAGCGGCAGUCUCUAGAGGUGUGGGGGGCUUUCGAGCGUAAUGGGCAUAAGACCUGCGGGCGUGAGCCGGACACAUACAUAGGUUGCUCCCGAGCGUUCCACUAA